AUGAAAUGGAUUUGCUUGACGUUCCGACCACCGACUGGCCUACCUUGCUUCUCAUAUGGAAGUCACGCAUCAGAUGGAAAUAUCUUCACAUUGAAGCCUUUGUCGCCCUUGACAAAUAGGACUAUUAUUGAGUUCUGCCAGGAGCUCUUUGGGAAUGCCGUGAUAGCUUGUGAGCAAAACACAGGUGUUCCGCAAGUGCGCUUCUUUUACCUGAACAUGGCCUUUGGUGAUCUGAAAGCGCGCACAGGAUGCAACCGUCUCAGAGAUUUCCACGGUGGCAUUCUUUUUGAGGGCACCCAUGGCACGCUGAUCCCGCUACGGUAUUCAGUGGGUACCAAAGACAUCAUCUGGCGCUUUCAUAAAGGUCAAGUUGAGCAGUGCGAGAAUACUAGAGUUCUCAAUUGUAUUGCAGAGCUACCGGAUUGGCCGGGUCGAGACCUCAAAGAUCCAAACCGACAAGCCACAGAACUUAUAGACGAAAAACGCGUAUUGGUGUGUAAAUACCGCCCUCACACAUCAUAA